AUGGCAGCCAACUGCCCUAACUGUUUGAAACAAUUUAAGAGUGCUCAGGCAGUUUCGCAACACCUGAGCCAGCCCCUUACAUCCUGCCUACGAUGGAUUGAUCAGCUUGAGAGUGCAGUGCAAAUUUUGCAAAACUCACAGUUGGUGGACCAGCACGCAACUCCCGACUCAUCUGAGUCGUCAUCUGACCCUCAUCAUUCCAGAACACCAAGGUCCAUUGAAGAGCCUUUGGGCAGCCAAGCUUCAGAGAAGCCUUACAUCAAGCAUUUCAGGGAUGCUGCGAAGGUAUAUCAGCGUGGCCAGACCUUUCUAGAUAGGUUUAACAUGGAUCCCUAUGCAGUACAUCACGAAGACAAUUUGUACUAUCUAUUUGCAUCCCGUCAGGAUUGGGAGCUCGGCAGUUUUCUCCUGUGCUCGUCAUUAAGUAUGGCAGCCAUAGAUGAGUUCCUGGGGCUGGAACUAGUACAUCUUGAGUUAGCGACAUUGCCCCUCCCCUUUCGUACUGCCAAGGAGUUACGUGGUCAUUCUGAGCUGCUGCCUUCUGUUCCAAAGUGGCAGUACCACAUCAUCUCGACGACUCACCCAACAAAGAAACCUCUACAUCUUUACUGGCACAAUCUGUUGGAUUGCAUCGAAUCGCUUUUUAGCCACCUGCUCUUUGCAAACAAAAUAGAUCUCACACCUCAGCGUGUUGAAUGGGUGAUGGGGGACACAGCAUGGUCAAUGCAGUCACAAUUUCUGGAUGGUGCAACAUUGUUAGGUGUCAUCCUUUCCUCCAAUAAAACCAACAUUACCAACAUGACUGGUGGACGUGUUGCUCACCCACUCCUGAUCAGCCCUGCCAAUAUCAAGAUGGCGACUCGAAAUAAGGCAUCCUCCCAUGCUUUCCUCCUGACAGCGCUGCUUCCAAUUGCUGAAUUUUUGCAUCUGGUGAAGUGGAUGCAGAGUGUUCUCGAAGCCCGCUUAGUCCACCAAUGUCUAGAUAUUGUGCUGGAGCCACUCAAGCAAGCUGCACGCAUCGGGCGGAUGAUCCAGCUUUCAAGCAUCAAUUGUGAUCCCCUUGAUGUUGAAGGCUACUUCAAUGCAUGUGCCACCUUCCGCCUGAGCGAUCCACAUCUGUUUUUGACUCCAGGAUCCCUGCAUUACUGGCACCAUGAGUUCUAUGACCAUGAUGUUAAGUGGUGUCUCGCAGCUCCACUCAUGAUGUUCCGACGCUUCCAUUGUGUCACUGGAAGAGCCCAGCAUGCAGCCCCCCAUGGCGUUGUCAUAGCUAUUCAUGCGCUGAUGGAUUUUCGCUACUUAUCACAAGCGACAAUGAUCAACCAAGCACAUUGUCAAAAGAUUCUGGAUAUAAUUGCUUGCAGCACGUGUCAAGGUGCCAAGAACAAACAGGUCCUCAACAACUGGCAUAUACCCAAACUGGAUAUAUGUCAACAUGCUCACAUCACCCUUAUCAAGGAUCCUGCAGAUUCCACCAACAACAUCAAUUAUGAUGCUCAAAUAUGCCGGUUUCUUGAUCGCCAAGAAAAGUGUCGAAACUUUCAGAUCAUGACAUCAAUAACCGCUCAGUCAGAAUCACAGUCACAACUUGAAGCCUCCGCUUCUCAAAUGAUGGAUGCUGAUUCUGAACAUCAUGACUCAGAUGAAGGUCCACUGGCAUAUAUUGAUGAAGCUCAUUUGCAGACAGUUUUGGAUGAUCUCUGGGGGCCAAAGCAUGUUGUGACCAAUUUUUUCAGGAAGGCAGAGCAAGUCUCUUUGGACAUCAAAGCAGCCAGACCUCUCCGCACAUUCGUGGUCGGUGCAACAGCAAUUCACCUCAAUUUUGAUCCUUCCAUACGAUGCAUACCAGUCAAUGGAGCACUCACUAACUAUAUUCAACGAGAGGGUACUACAGCUCAGAAAUUCCACUUGCUGGGGGGACAACACCGAGUACCAUCCGAUGCACCUCUUCCAUUUGAUGACCUUAUGGUCUGGUUCAAAGUGCGUGUGCAGCAGGCAUCGUACCAUACCCCAUCGAUCAUUCCUCCUGCUCUCAUGCAUGGCCACUACGAUGCUGCUAUUUUCACUGUUGAUGACACCAGACGUGAACAAUGGCCCACUAGUGGGCUUAAAGGCCAUGCUGUUGUUGAGGUGCACCUUAUCAUGCAACCACUUCCUCCACAAGGAACUAGUACUAGUAGUGCCUCUUGGGCUGCACGUUUCCUUAUGUAUGUUCAACGGUUGGAUGUCAUGCCUCAGCAACAUGGCAACUUACUAGAACACACAAUGCAAAUGCAUGUUUUAAAGCGUGCAAUGCAAUCAGCAGGGACUCCUUUUGGUGACAUCCUCCCACUAGAUCAACUUCAUUCUCUGGCUCACAUUAUCCCCUGCUUUGGCUGUGUUGCCAAUUCACGUCUAACAGCAGAAAAUAGUGCUCAUUUUGCUCAGAUGUUCUUCUUGAACAAAUACAUUGACAAGGACUUCUACUAUGCUAUCUCAAACUCUGAGUCGUAG